GAGACCGGAAGCGGGAGGAAGGGAGACUUGAGUUUGGGAGACGGAGAUUGCAGAGAUGGAGCUGAGCGAGCUACUCUACAAUAAGUCCGAGUACAUCGAGACGGCGUCUGGAAACAAAGUUAGUCGCCAAUCAGUUCUGUGUGGAAGCCAAAAUAUUGUCCUAAAUGGAAAGACAAUCAUAAUGAAUGACUGUAUUAUUCGAGGAGAUCUGGCAAAUGUAAGGAUUGGGCGCCACUGUGUUGUGAAAAGCCGUAGUGUCAUAAGACCACCAUUUAAGAAAUUCAGCAAAGGAGUUGCAUUUUUUCCUCUACACAUUGGUGACCAUGUCUUUAUUGAAGAGGAUUGUGUGGUCAAUGCAGCCCAGAUUGGUUCCUAUGUCCACAUAGGCAAGAACUGUGUAAUUGGUCGACGCUGUGUAUUGAAAGACUGUUGCAAAAUUCUAGACAAUACAGUAUUACCUCCUGAAACUGUAGUUCCACCAUUUACCGUCUUCUCAGGCUGUCCAGGACUCUUCUCUGGGGAGCUCCCAGAAUGUACCCAGGAGCUGAUGAUUGAUGUCACCAAGAGCUACUACCAGAAGUUUUUGCCACUGACACAGCCGAUGAAAUGGUGGAAAAGCUUCAGUAAAUGACCAGGUUAAUUCAUCACUUUCAAGCUGUCGGUCACUUCAGUAUAUAUGUGGCCCCAGCCAGGGUAUAAAAACAAGUCACCAAUGAAGACAUCAAAAAGCAAUCUUCUUUAAAUUAAAUUUAUAUUAACCAUUCUAACCUUUAAGUACCAGCCUACCUGGUUCUCAUGAAAGUUUCUGACUCCACAGUUUUCAUCACUUGCCCAGAUUGAGAGAUUAAAGAAUUGUCAACAUUGCCUAAUGGGGGUUGUAGUUUGGAGGGAUAUCAGGGAGGAGGUAUUUUGCCUGCUUGCUGCUGCCUCAGAAAUAUUGGGAUUCAUAUAACUUAAUCUCUAAAGCUAUUUUGGAGUUGGUAAGGUCCUUGGUGAAACACUACUGGGGAAAAAUUGCAAUUAGGUUGGUCUGUGUAGGAAACUAAUUUUCCAUUUUGAAAACAAUAAAUCAUCACUAUUGUA